GGAUAACCUCACCCGCCAACUCCUCGUCAACCGUCUGUUAGUUGCGACAAAUCCGACAAGAUGGCGAAGUCCAAGAACGCGUCUCAGCACCACAACAGCCAGAAGGCUCACCGUAACGGUAUCAAGAAGCCCAAGACCCACCGUUACCCCUCCCUCAAGGGUGUCGACCCCAAGUUCCGCCGCAACCACAGACACGCCCUUCACGGAACCGCUAAGGCUCUGAAGGAGCGCAAGGAGGGCAAGCGCGAGAUCGCAUAAAUUACUUCCAACUAAUAUAGAAACGUUUUAAAAGAAAUGAAAGCGAUUUGAGUUGGUUGAUUUGCUCUGUUCCUUUCCUAUCGACAAACAACGACAAAGGACUGGUCGAGAAUACAUGGAUGAGGAUAUCACAUCUCGUCGGGUUACCCCGCAAGACCGGGUUUGUCACAUAAAGCAAAUGGAUUCGGUUCUCUAGUGUUGCUUUCUUGGCUUCAUCUAUUCCCGUGGCUGGUGGUUCAUUUGCUUUUCUGACGUGCGGUUCUCAUACCGUAGUGUGGUUGGUGGUGAAGUUGGUGAUGAACCAGGCAUAUGUGUGUACAGCUCCGUGCUUAUUUUUCCAUGCGCGCUUGCUGAAGGAUUUAUUUACGUGCCGAGAGAAGACCCCAUGCCCUCCAAUUACCAAACACCCUUUCCCUUUGCUCUACCGUGGCGAGAGGGUGCAUGGACGGAGGGCUACAUACAGUCGUAGCCCAUGUAGGUCGAUAGUGAAUUGAAUUGAACUAUACUAUGAUAUCGUUCUUAAAAAAUAUAUACUAUGAGACUGUCCCUUAUAACCUAGAGCUUCUAUACUUCUCACUCAACCUUCCAAACGACCAACCUCUUAU